CCGUCUGACGUCAUGCCCAAACAGGAACUGUUUUUUGAUGUGAUUUUCUCAUUUUCUACAGAAACGCUGGUAACUGAAACAAAAGUUCCGCAAUAUGUCACAGGAUUUCUGGUUACAGAAUUAUGAUGCAGCUUGUCGGAUGGCGCAAGAAAUUGCAGAACACAUCCAUGAAAGAAACAGACUGCAAAGAACUGGAGGAAAUCCAGCCAAGCUGAACAUGACCCUGAGAGCAUCAUUACAGAAGCUCAAACAGAAUAUAGCACAGCUCAGGGACACGUUGAAUCGAGCUGCUGUUCAAAGGCAGAUAAUGCAAGCUGAAGCAGACAGAAGACAAAACCUUGUUGAUGAUCUUGCUACCAGAGAAACAAGACUAAACGCCUCUUUCAAAGGAGACAUCUCAGAAGCGGAGCCAGCAAGGUCAAGUCUGAUGACAGGAGGAAAUGGGGGGUCGGGACCGGCAGUGAACCCGUGGCUGAUUAAUGAGUCUGAGGAGACCAGAGGACUCGGCUUUGGAGAAAUCAAACACCAACAACAGCAGAUUAUCGAAGCUCAGGAUGCUGGCCUGGAUGCUCUGGCUGCAGUCAUAAGUAGGCAAAAACAGAUGGGUCAGGAAAUCGGCAAUGAACUAGAAGAACAGAAUGACGCCAUAAAGCAUCUAAUCGGUAUUCUCGCCGCCCAGGCCGCAGUGCUGCUUAGUGGAUCUUGGCUUUGAUAUGGCGUGGUACAUCUGGAAUGAAUGUGUGCUUGUGACAGUCGUUUGCUGCACGGUCCCACAUUAAACAUCGGUGGCAGGAAUUCCCAGACGACACGAAGAAAUGAUCUAAAGCCCUGCAGACUGUGUGACCAAGAUGAGCGGUGAACGCUUUACACCUCUGGUUGCAUUCUAGAUACUUUUUUCGCAUGUCAAGACACAAGACAGAUUUGUUUUGAAAAAAAUAUGCUUUGGGUCUGAACAAAUGUCUUUGUUUUGAAAAGGAAGGAAGUUGCAUUUACAGACGCGAAUUGAUGUCAGUGCAGUCAUGUGUUAUGAAUGAUGGCGAGAUGUAGAACUCGAUAAUUUUCUACAGAGUAUCGAAGGAGACGACAGAUUGAGCACAUGGUGUUUUCACAACACGGAGGAAUUUAGCGUAUUAAAAAUGAGAUGUAAUGUAAUGAAACUUUAAUGGUAGUCUAGAUAGAACGUUCAACAAACACAUUAUCUAUCUGUAAGGUCUCAUUAGCUAGAAGAGAACGUAGUCUUCCUGCAAGUGAAGCUGUAAUUUAGUUGUUUUGUGAAGAGUUCUAGGGUAAAACUUGGUAACUUUAUACUUGGAACAAUUUUGACCCCCAUCUUGUGCUCUUUUCUUUUUUUUAAUUUCAGCCGCUAUGAACAUAUCUUUCUGUAUGAAUUUGAUUAAUACCAGAAACUAUGCAGAUACAGGGUCAGAUUUGCUUGAUUUUGUGACUGUGCCUAUUAUCAGUGUAUUUCAGUUCACAGUGAAACAUGACUUGUGUUUUUUUGGUUUGAAUGGGACAUGUUUGUUGACUGCAGACACUCUUGUCCUUAACCAUAAUCGUCCCAUAUUUAGCUCUGCAUCAAGCAAAAAAUUACCAUUUGUAACUUAAAACAGGGUUAGCAUCACUUUUAACCCAUGGUUAUGAACCUGAUUACAGUCCUAAUGCUGAAGUUCAGUUCUAUGAGAAUGUUACUGCAAAUUGUUUAGCAAAUGACUACCAAUCAUAAAAUAAACAGUUCUUAUCUCAUUAAAUAUUCAUGUUCUUUGUACAAAAACAGAUACUUUCACAUGCAAUGUUUAGUUUUAACAUCUGUGCAAAAAUAAAAAUGUCAAACAGU